AUGGCGGCGCCCAGCGCCGGGGGCGCGGCGGCGGCAGCGGCGGGGGGGAACCGAGGGCGGCCGCCUCCCGUCACUCCCCGGCAGAUCCGCGACCUCAUCGACGGCGGCAUCGCCACCGAGGGGCCCGGGCCCGGCGGGAAAGACACAUCCGACUGCUCGGAUCGAGCCAAUGGACCUUCCCAAAUGGAAGCUCUUUCCUUGGAAUCUGCCAGCAGGGAAGCUUAUUUCAGCAGAGUGGAAACAUUCACCCCGCUGAGGUGGGCGGGCAAACCGGCGUCGCUGUCGCCGCUGGUGUGCGCCAGGUUGGGCUGGGUGAGCGUGGAGUGCGACAUGCUCAGGUGCUCCAGCUGCCAGGCCUACCUGUGCGCCAGCCUGCAGCUGGCCCUGGACCUCAGCACCUACAAGGAGCGCUGUGAGGAGCUCAGGAAGGCUCUGAGCACUGCCCACGAGAAGUUCUGCUUCUGGCCAGACAGCCCCUGCCCAGAUCGCUUUGCCAGGCUGCUGGUGGAUGAGCCCAGAGUCCUUCUCCAGGAUUUCCUGGAUCGUUUCCAGAGCCUGUGUCAGCUGGAGCUGCAGCUGCCUUCCCUCAGACCGGAAGACCUGAAAAAUAUGUCCCUGACGGAGGAAAGGAUCACCCGGCUCCUCCAGCUCAUUGGGGAGGAACUGGAGCACAAAGGAGCAGAGGGAGAGAAACCUCCCGGGAAGUUUUCCACGGAAAUCCUGCAGGUUCACGUUCCCGCCUGUAUCCUGGCGCUGUGCGGCUGGACCUGCAGUGCUGCCUCGGGCUCCAUGAACCUCUCCGUGAUCACCUGCUCCCGCUGCAUGAGGAAGGUGGGGCUGUGGGGCUUCCACCAGCUGGAAUCUUCCGCAGCUCCGGAGCCGGAUUCCUGCGGCUCCGGCAGCGCCACCCCGGCCGCUCCCGAGCGCUUCCCGCCCGUUCCCACAUCCCCGCGCCGGAUGCUGACGCGGAGCCAGGAUCCGGGAUCCGAGCAGCACGAGAAGAGCCCAUCCCCGGCUGUAUCCCGCCCAAGGGGUUGGGAUUCUCCCAGCUCCAUGGACCGGGGCGAGCUGGAUGUGAGCAGGGAUGUGACGCUGAGGAGCCGCCCGGUGACGCGGAGCAUGGGCCAGGGGGACAACAUGGAGGUGCCAUCCAGCCCUGUCCGCAGGGCCAAGCGAGCGCGGCUCUGCUCUUCCAGCAGCUCGGACACUUCCUUGAGGAGCUUCUUUCACCCCAGCUCUCAGCACCGGGAUUGGUGUCCCUGGGUCAGCAGCGGGGAGGGAGAGGAAUCCCUGGAAGAUGCUGCAUCCCAGACGGAGAAGGAACCUGGGAAAGCCAAGCCAGGCUGGGAAGUGGUGCUGAAGAGGCUCCUCAGCAUCCAAAAAUGUGACACGGAGCCCGAGACGGAGCCAGCGAGCCUCUCGGAGAAAUCCUGCAAGGUGUUCCGCAUUUUCCGGCAGUGGGAGAGCAUGAAUUCCUCCUGAAUUCCAGAAACCGGCACGGGGGGCAUCGGGAGAGAGAGAUCCAAACCUCUCGGUGGCUCCAGCUCCGCGCCUCGGGAAGGGGAAUCCGAGGAAACUCCAAACGGCCACCUUGGCAUCUCCCCUUCCCUGGCUGCCUUCCUGAAGCUCCUGCCUUCACAAACUGCUGCUGUGUCCCUGGGCUCCAGAGGGGCUGGACAGCUCUUCCCGGAGCUGGGAAUGUGACGAGGGGACACCGUCACCUCCCGAGGUGUCCGCGGUGUCCGGCCGCCUCGCGACACCAGGUGGGAAUAAACAUUUCAUUUUUGUUGUUUUUU